AAAAGAGAGAGAGAGAGGAAGAGAGAAAGAGAGACAGAGAGGGAGAGAGAGAGGGAGAAAACAUCAAACUGCAGCAUGAUCAUAGUGGUCUUCGCCUGCAGCCGUGGGUGUGGCCUACAGAGCCUUCUGCUACAGCUGGAUGCUAGAUUAGUCAGCUGGCUCACUGUCCAGGGCUGAGGGUUGGAAGAUAAGGAGCUACUGCUACUGCUACUGGGGUUAAGGAAGGGCGCAGAGUGAAAACGGUUCAGCGCAGUCAACACUAUGACUGAUGGGGACUAUGAUUACCUCAUCAAGCUCCUGGCUCUGGGGGACUCUGGAGUAGGGAAAACUACCUUUCUAUACAGAUACACGGACAACAAGUUCAACCCCAAGUUCAUCACCACAGUGGGAAUAGACUUCAGGGAAAAGAGAGUGGUGUACACAGCGUCGGGCCCCAAUGGAACCACAGGGAAGACCUUUAAAGUUCACCUCCAGCUCUGGGAUACAGCUGGACAGGAGAGGUUCAGGAGUCUGACCACAGCGUUCUUCAGAGAUGCCAUGGGCUUCCUGCUCAUGUUUGACCUCACCAGCCAGCAGAGCUUUCUCAACGUCCGCAACUGGAUGAGCCAGCUGCAGGCCAAUGCGUACUGUGAGAACCCAGACAUGGUGUUGGUGGGCAACAAGGCAGACCUGGCAGACCAGAGAGAGGUGCAGGAGGAGCAGGCUAAGGAACUAGCCGACAAGUACGGGAUCCCGUACUUUGAGACGUCGGCAGCGACGGGGUCUGAGGUGGACAAGGCGGUCAUCACUCUGCUCGACCUGGUCAUGAAGAGGAUGGAGCAGUGUGUCGACAAGCCCACCGCCGAGCCCGCCAAUGGGGAAGGAGCCACCAAGCUGGAGGACGCUGCGCCUGACCAGAAAAAAACUCACCGAGUGGCACAGCGUUCUGAGGCACUGCAGCUCAGCACUAGAGGCGUCAUUACAGACGCCCUGGUUCGAUUCCCGGACUGUAUCACAACCUGCCGUGAUCAGGAUGUCCCAUAGGGCGGCACACAAUUGGCCCAGCGUCGUCCGGGUUAGGGUUUGGCCGGGGGGGGAGGAGGGUAGGCCGUCGUUGUAAAAUAACAAUUUGUUCUUAAACUGACUUGUCUAGUUAAAUGAUAACUAAAAGGUCAAAUAAAGGUUAAAUAAAUAUAGUGCAUUGCUAGUCAUACAGUAUGAAUAGGGUGCCAUUUGAGACAAGAGUCUGGCCUACCAGAGGCCUAUGCUUUGUAGGACUUUAUAUCCCAAUGUUGUUUACAAGUGUAUGUCCAAUCUAAUCUACUGCCUUUGCUGUUAAGGCCCUAUCCAUAUUACAGUACCAAUAUUACAGUAUAUUAAUAAAAACAUGUGACCAGUUAUUUACAUAUGAUUUAUAUUUAUAUUUCAUUUUAGGUUUUUUGUUUUUUAAAUGUAUUUUUUGUUUUAGAAUAAAUUAUGGUUCCACACAUUAAUUUGAAUGCCCAAAUAAAAGUAGACAAUAACAGUGUCAAGAUAAAUUUGCAUAAAAGACAGCAACAACUUUAUCAUAUUGUAAUAUCAGUCAGGAAAAUAUAUUGCCAAAGCAGGAAAUCAAACCUCUUGAUAACUGCUGUUGGCCUGUUUGUCUGUGUGCCAAAAUCACCAUCACAUUUCCUGUAGUCCCGGGGCAGGAUUGUCUGUCUGUCUGUGGUUGUUAUCAAGGGCCUUUGACAUUCCUAGCUACUAAUCUCAUGUGACAGACUUUAACAAUAAAUCUAGCUCGUUAGCUAGUGCACUCGA